AAUUAUCAUUACAGAAAAAUGAAAAUAAAAGUAUCAUGGAAUAAGAGAAAACAUCACAUAAUCUUACUCAUGCACGGUACCUGUACCAUAUUCCACAUGGUAUUCUUGUAAUGUUUGGGCAUAAGCCGCCAGUCCUCAUGUAACACCCCGACCUUUGGGUUCAGGUUCGACCAUCAUACGUGAACGGUUGGAUUAACGAUUACGUACUAAGAAUUGCAAUCGCGGAUUAGUAGUAAUAAUAAUAAUAAUAAUAAUUAUUAUUAUUAUUAUUGUGUGUUCACUCGGGCCCACAAAGGGUCGCCCCAUCCAAUCCCCACCGCCCAUCAAUAUUCCCUCCCCAUGCACAUAAAACCGUCCCCAUUCACUAAAUGGGGAAGCCCUAACUAAACCUAAAGCAACCCACCGUCGCCCUGCCUUGUCUCCAUCACGAGAGAGAAGGAAAAGAAAAUAAAAGUGCAGCAGGGAGGAGGAUCACGACCGGUAGAGAUUUUGAGCUGGCAAAGGCAUUUCAAUCUUGGAAUCGGCACGGGGAGGGACGAUCGUAGGCAGGGUGGUGAAUCAUGGACGGAGUUGAUGGCGAUGAAGAGCUUUGAGCGGACAGAAGCAUGCGGGGAGGAUUCAAUGAAUCGACUGUUGAGGUAAGGGCUGGACCCCUGUAGGCCUUCAACUACUUUGAUAUUGUUGGAUGAAACCCAAAUAAUUGAAGUAAUUAGCAGUGCCAGAUUGGGGAAUAAUCAUCGAUCGGGUCGUUUCUUGGAAGUUUGGAUCUCAUGCGUGGGUGUAGAAUAGCUACACGUGAAAAUUGAUGGAAUAAUCUUAUAACAGACAUAUAUUGGAAAGGGAUGGAUUUGGAUUUUGCCUGAAAGUGGUAAAGGGUCAGGUCAAUUAAAAGAUGGACAAGUGACAAGGGUAUUUUAUUGUCGAGUGUCAUUUCAUUAAGCUGUUAAGGUUAGGUGACCUAAAGGAUAUUGAGAUGUCUACGGACACAAUGAGCUUGGCAAUCCGAUAACUAAGGUGUAACAUGGGGCGUGUACUACAGGAAGGAGGCAUGAGGAAACAUGUGAAAUUCAUGGGAUAUCCUCGUUAGCAACGUAGGAGCUCGAGUUACGUCAAGGUGAGUGUAAAGGGGGUAAAAUCUCCGUCGAGGUCUUUUAGUUUAUGCCUUUUUAAUUCAGUUAUGUUAUUUAAUUUCAAGUAAGCGCGAUUAUGUGUGUGAGGCAUCCCACCGCCUACUUAAGGUGGAGGCACGCGUUGUGCUUGUGUGUGUAUGAAUGUGCAUGGUUAUUGGUAAUUGAACCCCCGGGCGGUUGGGCCACUACUGGACGCGGUAGAUGGUCAGGUCACUACUGGACGGCGAUACGUAACGCAGUAGUUGACCGGGCAUGGACUGGACGGCGAUACGUAACGCAGUACCAUUGCCUUGAGGAUAGGGACACCGGACGGCGAUACGUAACGCGGUGAUUCCCUAGUAAUAAGUAUAUAAGUUGAGGUAGUAGUAGAGAACUUCUAUGACUUAAGGAUAAAAGUUGAGAACCUCUAUGAGUUAAAGUUGAAAUGAGUUAUUAAGGAUGAAAGUGAGAACGACUUUCAUCUAAGGAAAGGAAACGCUAAUAACGUGUUUUAGUAUGGAGUUUUCUAAGGGCAGAGACCCUAGGAAGUAACGACGAGACUGACCCCUUCUCACUCACCAGGUUGAGGUUGGGUUAGCGGAAGUGCAUCCCGAGAAGAAGUAAGAUGAGGUGACCGGCCGUGCCAGUACGAGUGAGAAGUCAAGAAGCUGGGUGAGGGGUUGGAGUUAAAACUUGAAAGUUAUUUUAUGAUUAUGAUUAUGAGUAUAUGUACUGGAGAUUCAAGGUUCAAGAUGCUGAGUUAAGUUGUUUAAGUAUUUGGAUUUUGAUUGCCCAAGUGUUAGUGCUUUUCGUUUGAACUUCUUAAAUAUUGUCAGUUUGUUUAUUUAAAAAGUGGUUUGGUUGCUCCGGAGUAACCGGUUUUGGGUUUGAGUUGUGGUUUGAUUUUUUCGAAAAAGGUCGGGACGUUACACCUCAUAAUGUAGAGGUGCAUAUAUUCUAUUACGUGCUAAAGUACCAAGAAAGUUUCCCAACUUUGUGGCACCUUCGCCAAUGGGCUGUCCAAGAUCAUUAACUGUGAUUUGAAUUCGCUCUCCUGGCUGCAUACCCCAAAUUGGCAUGCACAUUGUUGGGCCCCGGGUUCUUUUCUUAGAGGUUGAAGCAUCUUGUCUGGUAGCCUCAAUAGAGCUACGCUGGUUAGGAUCUGAAGUGGUCCUUAACAUUGACAUGGAUUGGCGGCGAGACAUGGCCCCACUGUGCAGAAAAAGAGACCAAACCCUGCACAGCAGUUCUUAAGAAACGCAGCAAGACGGGGUACAUACAAUAAUCGAUCUGAGUUGGUAAUACUGAACAAUGGUUUAAAGAUGUUGAUAUUCGAGGUACCUGAUUCACCGCAGCCGGCAGUACUAAGCGUCGACCUUGUAUUCCGUUGUAUAAGAUCCGCGGGAAGGAUUAGAGAGAUGGGUGAGAUGCUGGUUUUGGGGAUUUAUUCUGUAAGGAGGGUUCACUACGUGUUGCAGGGGAGGUAUAGGAAGUUCAACGGUUGCGGGACUUCUUUAGGUUUAAUUAAAAAGGUUCAAAUUAUUUUAUUCCCCGCGCGCGCUCAAAUUUUCGUAGCCUGGCGCCCACUAAGACCUUUAAAAACGAAGACGUCUCUGCUUGGUUCACAUUAGAAGCCACAUGGGUUUAUAUCUUCUAGAGUUUUAUGCUCUUUUUUGGGCUUGCUGUUAUGUAUCUUAAUUACUUUAAGUAGCUACUAUAUUUGUUUCUAAUUAUAAUAUUCCGUGCAUUUAUUUACGAAAACAUUUGGAGACAAUUAUAUAUGCUUCUAUAUAUGCUUUUUUUAAAGGCCUGACGUAUUUUACAGUAGCAAAUAGAAUAAGUGUCUCUAAAUCAAUUAAUUGAACUUAUCUCAUAUAAAGUAAACGAAAAAAUUAAUUUAUAGAGACAAUUAAUAUGACAUAUGGAGACAAAUAAUAUAUUUGCGAUAAUAGAUCAAAUAUAGGGACGGAUAUAAUAAUGGUUUCCGAUUAUUUGCCUCUAAUACUAAGUUUUCUUGUAGUGUGAUUAACCAAUUUGCUUAAUUCAACAUUGAGGGUUGCCCUAAAUUAACCUAGUUAGGUGGCUUAAAAAGCUUAAGGAUGCUAAGCACAAUUAUGCACAAUCCUUAGGUUGCUAAGAACCAAAAUGCACAAACCUAAGGAUGAUAAGCAUAAAACAUGUACAACCCUUAGGUUGCUAAGUACAAGCAUGCACAAUCAACAUGAAUAAUACCUCAAUCAUUGAAUUGACAAAUACCCAAUGACAAUCAUUCAAUUCACAUAAAAGAAACUACAUGGUAGAGUUAGGGUUUCACAAAACCCAAGUGAAUGGAAAUCUACUCCAUGUUAGAAAUGAGAAAAACACAAGGAGAAGAGGUAGAAACUAUCUUUGAGGAUACUCUCAAUCUUCUUGGCCCUUGUGUUGAACUUUCCUUGGAGGAAAUCUUCCCAAAAUCCACCUUGAAGCAAAACCCUAGACUUCUUCUCCUUUGGUUCGUGUUCCUCUCUCUAGAAAUCUGACGAAGUCUUUUCACACAAAUGGGCUUCCCCUUCUCUCCUCCUUUCAGCUCAUCUUUUAAACCAGAGACGAGCUCAGUUCACAGCCUGAGUUCAUGGCCGUGAACCAUGAAACGCGUCCGUGAACUACAGAUGAAUGCCAAAACUCACCGCUUCGUUCACUUCCGUUCACGGUCGACAGCCUUAGUUCAUGGUCUUAGUGACCGUGAACUCACCUUGCAUCAUUAACUUCUGUUUUGGCUCUAGACGCCUCGAGGUUCACGGUAAAUGGCUCUUCAUCACGGUCGUGCAAGACCGUGAACUUCCUGGGAUAGCCGUGAACUGGCCCUUUUCCACCUCUUCUCCGGUUUUCGAUCCUUUUCUUCCAAUUUUCGACUCCGGAGCUGGUUUCACCUGUUAAAUCUUGAAACACACUAAAAAACGAGAAACCUAGCGUAAAACCAACCUUUUAGGAGCGAAGUUGCCACAAACGACUAAGGAAAAUGGGGGGAAAACAUGUACAAUUAGGCCCGAAUCAGCUCAGGAACAAGAUCUUCAAGAAGAGGAUCGAGGUAGAUCGGGAAAAUAGACGAUCAACAAUCUACCUCCUCCUGAUUCAGUAAAGGGAAUCCACAACUUUCUAGGUCACACGGGCUUCUAUAGGAGAUUCAUCAAGGAUUUUUCAAAGAUCGCAUUGCCAUUAAUCAAGUUGCUAGAGAAGGACAUGUUAUUUCAUUUCACUCCAGGGUGUAGAGCUGCCUUUGAGGCCUUGAAGGAGAAGCUUACCCAUGCACCCACCAUGGUGACUCUGGAUUAGAAACUAUCGUUUGAGCUGAUGUGUAAUGCGAGUGACUACACGGUCAGAGCCGUUAUGGGAUAGAGACGCAAUAAGAAUUUCUAGCCCAUCUACUGCACGUCCAAGACCUUUAACAAUGAACAAGAGAACUACACCACCAUAGAGAAGGAGCUGCUUGUAGUGGUGUAUGCCUUCGAUAAAUUCUGACCGUACUUGGUGUUGUCUCAUGUGGUGCUCUACAUAGAUCAUUCUGCUAUCCGGUAUUUGAUGACCAAGGAUGAUGCCAAGCCUCCGCUGGAUCCUGCUGCUGCAGGAGUUUGAUAUCGAGAUUCGGGACAAGAAGAGAGUCGAUAAUGUCGCAGCAAAUAAGUUUUCACGAUUGGAAGCCCCUAUGGUGGACAAAUUUGUAGAAGAAAUCGACGACUCCUUCCCAUGUGAGCGACUGUCAGCCCUGUGCUUGAUGGAGAGUGUCACCCCUUGGUACUCUGACUUUGCCAAUUAUCUGGUGGGAAAAAAGUUGCCUGAGGAGAUGACCACUCAUGCCAAGCAAAAGUUCUUUUCCGAGCUGAAGUACUACUUCUAAGAGGAUCCAUACCUCUUUAGGAUCGGAGCAAAUGGAGUGAUUCGAAAGUGUGUGAUAGAGCAUGAGAUGGGAUUCCCAGAAGUUGUUUUUUACUUGUGAGAUAUAUGAUGUCUGGGGCAUUGACUUCAUGGGACCCUUUCCUCCUUCAUUCAGUAAUCUAUACAUAUUAGUUGUUGUAGACUACAUCUCGAGGUGGGUAGAAGCACAUGCCAUGCCCACCAAUGAUGCAAGACAUGUGUGUUUGUUUCCGAAGUAUCUCUUUUCCCGGUUCGGGACACCUCGUGACAUCAUUAACGAAAGGGGAACCCAUUUUCAAGGGAAAUUCACUAAACUCCUCUUUCACUAUCAUGUCAAGCAUAAGGUGUCCAUGGCUUACCAUCCUCAAACGAAUGGUUAAGUCGAGCUAACGAACAGGGAAUUGAAGAGGAUAAUUGAAAAGAUUAUGGAUCAAUCCUGCAAGGAUUGGUCUACCAAACUCAAUGAUGCUCUUUGGGCAUACAAGACAGCCUACAAGACAACGAUUGGCACUUCCCCCUAUCAACUUGUCCAUGGAAAAGGUUUGUCACUUGCCUCUCAAGCUAGAGCACAAACCCUUUUGGCUCCUUAAGCUGCUCAACCUUGAUAUGAGUCUUGCAGGUAUCGAGAGAAAGAUGCAGAUGGUGGAAUUGUAGGAAUGACAGUAUCACGCCUACGAGAACACUUAUUUGUAUAAGCAACGAACUAAGCGUCUCCACGACGCUCAUUUGAGGGUCCCCAAGGAGUUUCAGGUUAGCAAUUGAGUUCUCUUGUACAACACCUGCCUGAAACUCUUUUCAGAAAAAUUGUGCUCUAAAUGGUCAGAACCAUUUACGGUCACACAAGUGUUUCCCUACGACACCAUUGAGAUAUCCAAUCCGUAGAAUGAGGCCUUCAAGGUUAAUGGGCACUGCCUCAAGUUUUAUCUGGGAGGUGAGGUAGAAAGAACGGAGUUGGUGAUCGACCUCGUGGACCAUUAGUUCCGCCUGCUGCGUCUAGCUAAAGACUUUAAACAAAGUGCUUGUGGGGAGGCAACCCCACCAUGGUUUGCAUUUCUUCUUCCUUUUUCUUUUGACUUUGGUUUGUUUCAGUUAGUAUAUGUGUUUGUCGAGCUUAGAUCAUCUGAUGUGCCCUCGUUUUGGGGUAUUUUCGUUCUUGGGUGUUAGGGAUGUUGAACAAAAUCAAGCCUGUUUUUUUUGUGCAGUUUUUUUAGCAUUCCCCGGUCGUUCAGUCUCUAAUACCCGAUCGAGGAUUUUGCACUUCUCGACCGAGGUCCCUCCUGGAUUGAUUGCCUGGUCGCAACCCCAAUUCCCCGAUUGGAAAUUCAUUUUUCCUCGACCAGGGCAACCCCUAUUUCCCUGAUAGGGGAAUUUCAACACCCGACAAGGGGCAAGGCACUUAAAUCAAGAUUCAAGACUUGUUAAGGAUUUAUGUAUUAUGAACAAAGACAAAAAGAAGUUACAAAAUCAUUAAUCCUGCUAGUGGCUAAGCAGAAUCAGUACCUGAGUGAUCUUUCUUAGUAUAAAACUUAGUAAAUUUA